AUGGAAACCCUUUCUGCAGUGACGAAGAAGAGACCGACCCGUCCUACGCAACCACCGUCUCAUGCAACGAGUAGCAAGUACGCAGCAGUUGUGCAAGCAGCAGCAUCUGCAUGGAACCAGCAGCCUCAAGUUGUUCUUGGCGGGCCACGAAGCGAGGUUGCACCAAGCACGAGACGCGGAUGCCUCAAUGACCUUUCGCUGACAGCACCGAUCGCGAGAAAUCCGGGCAGAGGGAGUGCAACUGCGCGGAGGAACAUAUCCACUGCGUACGGACGCGCGCAGCAAUUCCUUGCCUCCUUGCACCAGGCAGGUCGCAGCAGCAAUGACGGGAGCGGCAACGAGGCAGCAGAUGCUUCUCAGCCUGCAGCCGGAGCUGCCUUGCUUGCGCCCGCAGCUGCGCAGGCCGCGGCGGCAACUGCUUCCCAGCCCGGCCACACCACUGCUUCCCAGCCUGCAGCCGGAGCUGCCUUGCUUGCGCCCGCAGCUGCGCAGGCCGCGGCGGCAACUGCUUCCCAGCCCGGCCACACCACUGCUUCCCAGCCUGCAGCCAGAGCUGCCUUGCUUGCGCCCGCAGCUGCGCAGGCCGCGGCGGCAACUGCUUCCCAGCCCGGCCACACCACUGCUUCCCAGCCUGCAGCCGGAGCUGCCUUGCUUGCGCCCGCAGCUGCGCAGGCCGCGGCGGCAACUGCUUCCCAGCCCGGCCACACCACUGUUUCCCAGCCUGCAGCCGGAGCUGCCUUGCUUGCGCCCGCAGCUGCGUUCCAGGAGUCGGCGGCUACACCUUCCCAGCCCGCUCCUUCAGCUGCGCAUGGCGCGGCGGCUACUGCUUCCCAGCCCCGCCACCCCACUGAUGCAGCUGCGUUCCAGCGGAACAUUGCGUCGACCUCGCAGUCUGUGGCGGCAGAUGCACUACAGCCUGCGCCGACGGGUCCCAGCGCGCCUGCGCCAACUUCAGCCAUCCAGUCCGCGCUGGUGUAUGUAUCCGAGCCCGCGGCUCCAGCUGCCUUCCAGCCCGCGACUGCUCCAGCUGCAUUACAUCCCGCUGCUACCCCUGCCUUCCAGCCAGCGGUAGCCUGCGCCUACCAGCCAGCGGCAACAUCUGCCUCUAAACCCGCGCCUGCUCCAGAUGCCGGCCAGCCCGCGCCGCAGCCAGCUACCUCCCAGCCCGCGCCUGCUCCCUAUGCCUUCCAGUCCGCGCCUUCUCCAGCCACCUUCCAGCCCCCGCCUGCUGCAGAUGCCUCACAUGUCACCGUGCCUGCUCCAGCCACCUUCCAGCCCCCGCCUGCUCCAGCUGCUUUCCAGCCCCCGCCUGCUCCAGCUGCUUUCCAGCCCCCGCCUGCUCCAGCUGCUUUCCAGCCCCCGCCUGCUCCAGCUGAUUUCCAGCCCCCGCCUGCUCCAGCUGCUUUCCAGCCCCCGCCUGCUCCAGCUGACCGUACUGCAACGACUGCACACUCUGUAGACCGAGCCGCGUUCGAGGAGCAGGCCGCACGAACCCGGGAUCUGGAAAGGCAACUGAGGCAGGUGCAGAAUAUCAUGAGUCGGCUGGAACAUCAGAUAGCCGCCUCGCAGCAGACCAAUGGCAGUGGCGGAGCUGGUGGCGACCUGGCCAUCUUCUUCAAUGGAUGUGUUGUGUUGAUCAGCAUUAUUUACUACAACAUAACAGACCCAUGUGCAUCUUGA